CCUGACCCAGACCUUCUCACCUGCACAUCAUUGCCCGGACUACACGGAGCUCUCGCCCUACGAACCGACCAGAAUGCCCCCCAGAAAGAAAGCCAAGCUCACCCCACAAACGGAAAAUGCCGGACCCUCCGCAAGCACCGCCGGCCAGUCAACCACGGAUUACGACCCGGUUGCGGAUCCCUGGACCGAUGAGCAGGAGACUGCAUUGCUGAAGGGGAUCAUCAGAUGGAAGCCUGUCGGCAUGCACAAGCACUUUCGCAUGAUCGCGAUUUCGGAAUUCAUGAAGAGCCAAGGUUAUGCGCCCGCCAACGCAGAACAUACACGCAUACCAGGCAUCUGGAAAAAGCUGGGGACCUUGUACAAUCUCCCGGCUCUUGACGAACGGGAAGACUCCUUGAUCACAGAUACCACCGAAGAUGCCGACGGCUUGAAGGAGCUCUACUGUCCGUUUGAAUUGCCGGAGGAUGAAUACGGGGAAUUGAUGUUCGAAAGGCGACUGGCGAUGGAAGGAACCGCGUCUCCUGACCCGAGUGCGCAUGCAGAGUCGAGGAGAGGGAGCACCGUGGCUGAUACAGAUGGUGGGUUGAGCUUUUUAUCCGUGGCCUUUCAUGUGCUAGGGUAUGCCUACUGAUUACAAGAACCCGGAACAGAACCCCGCUCUUCCCCUGCGCCAUCACGAGGACGGAAGCCCGGUCGGGGCGGACGUCCAGCAGGACGAGGUACACGCUCAUCGCGCCUCCAUGUCGAAGUCGAAGCACCGGCGAAGGGAUCUGGAGCUGUGGAGGAAGACGGCGAUUCUGGGGAGGAAACAGGCCCGAAUGAAGAAGGCGAUGAGGAGGGUUCCGACGGCGCAAGGGAUGACAGUGACGUCGAGGAAGAGGCAGAAGGAGACACGGGGGGUUCGCCCACGACGCGAAGCACACGAGCGAAGACAACCAGAACGAAGCAGAAGGAGAGAAAGAGUACAGGCACAGGAACUCGAAGGGGCCGACGACGCCAGCCUUGAAAUGUGUUUGUCGUUCAUCCUUCGUUCUGCGAUCUGCUUAGAUAAUGAUACCUUGGAGUGAGGCGUUUGAUUGCGCUUUUCUGUACAAUUACUAUUUGACUAUUUCUCUACAGUUUC